AUGGAGAAACUCUCAGCGAUCAUGAAGUUUGAACUGCAUACAAACACAAACAUGGGAGUUGAAGGUUUGUCAUCAGUUGGAAAAAUACUUUCCAAUCAAUCCUGUAUUGAAGAGUUGGGCCUUGGCAGAUGUAACCUGUCAUCAGAUCAACUACAAGCUUUAAAAUUAUCCUUGGGCAGCACAGAGAUCAUGAGGUUGUGGCUGAGUGAAAACACAAACAUGGGAGUUGUAGGUUUAUCUUCAGUUGGACAAAUACUUUCCAAUCAAUCCUGUGUUAAAUACUUGGGCCUUGACUACUGUAACCUGUCAUCAGAUCAACUACAAGCUUUAAAAUCAUCCUUGGGAAACACAGAGAUUGAUUGUCUGAAUCUGAUUGAAGAUCGAACUGCAAACCAUGAAGAAAUUGUUGCAGUUGCAAAUCUGCUUCCUAAUGUUACAAAGAAGUUAUCAUUGGUAGGAUGGAAAAUAGCAGAUGAAGAUAAAGAAAUAUUGCAGAAUCAAUUGAAUGAAAUUGGAUCUGAGGAACUAGUAAUUCAGUUUCUUGGAAGUACACUCAAAAGUCAGAGGAAGUCAGCAAAUGCUACAACUAAUGUUUUUUCUAAACAACUUCCAACCACAACGUCAAAAGCUGAAUUUGGAUCACCAUAUGCAAACAGUUUUGAAAAUACUGGAGAAAAUGUAGCGACUUUACAAGAAGUAGGAAGCCCAAGAAGUGAACUCCCACUGUCUGAAGAAGAAGCAGAACAAUCAGAUAAAGAAGUAACGGAAGAACUUGCAAAGCCAACUCAGCAUACUUUGCCGCAAAUUGAAAAUGUUUCGUCUCAAAGAAGUGGAACCGACAUUCUUUUGACUUGGAAUGAAGUAUCUGACAGCAACGUUCUAUACAACAUAGAAAUCUUCUGUGAUGAUGUGAAACUUGGAGAGACUCACACUACAGAGGUUCCUCAGUAUAGAAUGAAGUCACCUACACUUGGUAAAAAAUAUCGUUUCCAAGUCUGGGCCAGAGAUGAAUUGGGAAACUCUGGCAUAAAAACACAGUCAAAGAAUGUUAUCAAAUUGGUAAACGUUGAAGUUGCCGGCGGCUACAUGAUACUGAACGAAUGCAAAGUCACAUUUCCUAGUGGAACUUUCAACAAACAAACAAAAGUCUGGAUGUCGGUUGGAAUUGACAAUUCAAUAUGCCCAGAAGAAUACAUUGGUAUCACACCAGUUUUCGAUAUCAGCGCGGAUUCUGAAUUCCUCAAAGAUGCGAUCGUGCAAAUCCAGUCAUGGUGUGUCGGUCUAGAGAAAGACAAAAUUGACAUAUUACAUUUCUCAAGUAAAACUGACUGGGACAUUAUUAAUCCUGAUCGAAUCACAGACGAUAACAGCAUAGAAUUUCGAUGCAGAAAGUUUAGUCUAUUUACUGUCGCCAUGAAUUGGUUAAAAUGGCUACUUGGUAAGCAAGAGGUUAUCGUGGACAACUGUCUCUAUAUACAUAACAGAAACAAAUUUCAUUUCACAUUCUUUGAGAAAAGUGAGACUGCUGAAACCAUUAUCAGAUCCCAUUACAGAGAACUAGGGGCACGUCUUGCUCCAAUUCGGUUCAAUCCAUUCGCUUUGAAAACUGAUGACAGACUUGGCCUCGAGUUACAGAUUGAUCAAGAAGAUUUACAAUUCAAUAUGCCCCACGGACAAUUCAUUUGCGACAGAAUAUUUCUAGCAGCCCACAAACGUGAAUUAACAUUUCGUCUUCUUCCUACUUUACAAGAAUAUCCUGAAAGUCUCAUUGUUAGCCGAAUUUUGAUAAAUGACGUUUUGCAUGAAAUGCAAGACUUUGAUUUUCCAUUACCCCCUGCAGAUAUGCCAGGACAACAAACUACCCAUUUCUACGGAGAUUUUCAUGUUGAGGGAAACAUGAAUAUGGAUGAACUAGUAAACAAUCUUCAACAACCUUUACAAGAUGCACAGAGAGAAGCAGAGCAGCAAAGAGAUGCAGAUGAAAACGGGGACCAUGAACCAGAAUUGAUUUUCCAAAUUGCUAUUUUCUUGUUUGUAACUGUUUUUCUCAGCGCUUAUUUUGCGGGCGGCACACCUGAUUAAACCCUAUAAUUUGUUUCUGGCUGGAAUUUCAUAAACUUUAUCGGAAUCUCUCAUAUUGACGUUUCGGCGCUCCAGAAGUAUUCAUAACAGGUCAUUUUCCAUUAGAAUACUUUACUUAAUCCGCACAUUGGUAAGAAUACGGCACUCCAGAAGUAUUCGUACUAAAGUGGGGAUUAACUAAGGCAAAGUAUCUUAAGAGAAAAUGCUCUGAUACGAAUACUACGGGAGCAAAGUGCUAAAAAAAUGCCCUGGUAGGAAUACUUUGGGAACACCGACUUUUUAACUACUGAUACUAGGUAACUAAAACAUCCCUAUAAAGUUUAAAAUUUGUGUGCCAACACGCACCAAGUUAUAAUACUAAGUAGGUUGGGAAAAAAUGGCUGUUAUUAUAAAUGUUGGAUUUACGUGAUAAAUUUUGACUCUGGCUACACCUAGUAGUUUGACAUAAUGUUCCAGAGAGAGCAAACUGGUAGCUGAGGUCUUUGCUGUAACCAAUGUUGCCCCUAAUCUAUGUGAAGUAACAACAGAUGUGAAUGAUAAAUUCUAUUUUUUUUUAUAAUAGUGAUACAUGUAACAAUGACAUGCAAUGCUUAUUGUAAGUUUCCAUUUUUUGUUUUGUAUAUGUCAGCAUUUUAAACUUUCAUGUACUGCAAUCAGCUUGUCUUGUUUAUCAUGAUUAACAAAACUGUACCUAAUCUUGCUGUAUUGGAAUGAAAUAACAAUUGGAUGAAUGAUUCAACUUAUCCAAUCCUCAAUCCUUCCUAAUGUAUAUAGGUUUUCUAUAUAACCUUGUGUGUUUUCCUAUGUUUUGAAACGUAAAAAAAAAAUUAAAAAUAGUCAUAAAAUAGAAAUAAAAAAAUUUUCAUGUUUAAAAAAAAUAAAAAAAUAGCAAAAAAAAAAUGAAAAAACCGUAAUGAAAAUUAAAAAAAAUUCAUGUAUUCCCUAAAUUUUAUAUUAUAGAAAAAAAAAUAAAAAACAACUAAAAAAAAUUCCUGAGUAGCUCAAAAAUUAAGGAGGCUGAUAUAUGAGUGGAAAUAUGAAGGUCCACUGAAGCCCCAAAAUCUACUGAGACCAUAAGAUAUUAUAGUGUAAAAUCACAUGCCAGUGAAUACCGAUGGGUGUAUUGAAUAUAUAUAUUAUUUUUAUGUCGACCAGAUUUUAAAAAUUUUAUGUACCGGUAAUUGUAGUUUCAUUAUUUCUUGAGAUUUUUUAGUUUUUCAUGAUUGAUAACUACUGCACAUAAUCUUGCUGUAUUCGAAUCCUUCUUACUGUAUAUAUGAGUUUUCCUUG